CAAAGAAACCAAACAAAAGUUCUUCCACCUCCUCAUCCUCCCUCCGUCCUUCCCUUCACUCUUAUUCAUGACCAUGCAGCCAAAAACAGCUCGAAACCAGAGGAGAGGAGAGGAGAAGCCGAGCAGAAGAGAAACACCCAAACUCUCUAAUCUCUUCCUUAUCUAAACUACCUAAAAAGCCAAGCAGGUACCCAAAACCUAGCCGGAACUCUAGAAAUAGCUCUAGUUUAGACCUGCACCACUAACCUUCUUCAAUGGCGGCGAAGGAGCUGCAGUCCCCGAGACAUUAACUCGUCCUCUCCGUCUUCAAUCUGAAGUCAGUCCGUAAGCCCCCCCCCACCUCGCAUUUACUUCUUCUCUCACUCACUCUGCCGUUAAUAGUCUUUUACGUGAGAAUCUCAAAAAUCUUCUGCUGCCGCUUGAGGGUUUUGAAAAUUGAUUUUGUUUUCUUUUUAGGAGGGCUUGUACUUGUCGGUCUCAUUGAAUAUGAUCUGAAGGGUUUCAUUUCAAGUUUUCUGGUGCCUCGCAGUCGAGAUCCCCAGCAUUUAAAGCUCCCCGUCCGGCUAUAAACAUCCAAGUCUUGGAUCCCCUUCUCUCUUUCUUCUGUUCUUCUCUCUACCCGGUCUUCCAUCUUUAUCCUUUUGGGAUCUCUUAUGUUUUGAGAUAGAUAGAGAGAGAGAGAUAGAGGGGGAGAGAGAGGGAGAGAGAGAGAGAGCUGGUGGGGAAUGGGAAGGGCUCCUUGCUGCGACAAGCAAGGGCUGAAGAAAGGCCCGUGGACUCCGGAGGAGGACAAGAUCCUCGUCGACUACAUCCAAACCAACGGCCAUGGUAGCUGGCGCUCUCUUCCAAAACUCGCAGGUCUCCUUCGCUGCGGAAAGAGCUGUCGGCUCCGGUGGACCAACUAUCUGAGGCCGGACAUCAAGCGUGGCCCCUUCACUCCCGAGGAACAGAAGUCCAUCAUCCAACUCCACGGCAUCGUCGGUAACAAGUGGUCCACCAUAGCGGCCCAGCUGCCGGGGCGGACCGACAACGAGAUCAAGAACUACUGGAAUACCCACCUCAAGAAGCGCCUCUUACGCAUGGGCAUCAACCCCGACACCUACGCCCCCGCCGCGUCCCCGUCGUCGCCCGGAGGCGCCGGCGCCGGAGCUGGAGCCGGCGGUGGCGCUUCUUCUUCGUCGUCCGCCUUCCCGGCCACCCGUCAUAUGGCUCAGUGGGAGAGCGCCCGCCUCGAGGCCGAGGCCCGGCUCUCCAGAGAGUCCCUCCUCUUCUCCUCGGCUGCUUCCAGCUCCGCUGCGGCGGCGGCGGCGGUGGCGGCCGCCGCCGGCUCGAUACACUCCGACAGCCCACACCCCAAGCCCGAGCCUGAUUUCUUCCUCCGCAUCUGGAACUCCGAGGUGGGCGACGCAUUCCGGAAGCCGCUCUCUGCCCCCCGGGAGAGCUCCCCGAUUGCCGGGUCCUCGCCGGAGUCGUCGUCCACGAAGCAUAGCUCGGCGGUGACCGUCUCUCCGCCAGCGGCGGCGGCGGAGGCAGCGGCGGUCAAGGAGGAGCCUUCGAUGGGGAGCAAGAGUUGCGUGGUGCGAGGAGGAGGUGGUGGUGGUGGGGAUCAUGGUUCGGCGGGGGCGGACUCGUCGGGGUCGAACGAGGUGGAGGACACGUCGGAGGAGACGGACCAUUGGUACCUGAACUUCGUCGGCGACGAGCUGGGGCUGUUCUCCAGCCAGCUAGGUGGCUUCUUCUUCUCGAGCGACCUCCACGACGCGUCUCUGGACACGGCGUUCAAGUGACCGAGUUUUUCCGCCUUAUCGUUUUCUUCCUCUUCCGUUAUUCCUAACGGAGCAGUAGUACGUGGAGUAGGGGGGUUUAUUAGCCGCCAUCUUAUUUAUUAGUGCAAUAUGGUGUUAUAAUGGGAGCUCCGUUUUGAUUAGCUGCUUGUCAGCCUAGGUUUUGAAGGGGUGUGUCACGUUGUCACGUUUUUUGCUGGGAUUUUAUUUUGGUUUCCAGCAGCUGUUCAAAACGUGAAAAGAAUGCAUGUUAGUAUGAUACAAUAUGGGUGUUGUUGCUGGUUGUUUUUUGAAAUGGGUGAUGAUCCUGCUGUAACUAUUGAGCUGUUCAUACCUAGAAAACUUGAUAUUAUUUUGCAUA